CUCGCUAAUUAACACUUGAACUAAAUUAGCGCCAAUUCUUGACCUCGCGGAAAAAUUUACGGGAAAAAAAUAACGCCAAAUGCUCGCCAAGCUUUGUUGCCAACGGAGAUAUCAAAGGUACAUAUCCGGUGAUGACGUAGAACACACUUCCGGGUUCCGAUUUGCGGAAUUCUGUAAAACUCCUAAUAUACAUAUAUUAUGUGUGUAUAGUAUAUAUGUGGACGUUCUUUGGAUCAUUUUUGGUGUUGGCAAUAAUUUUCAAAGUCACGCCAAGGCUGCACCGUAUACUAGGAUUUUACCCUUGAAAUUCUUAAACACUUCCUAAACUUCUGAAAAUUAGAACUUCAUGUUCAUGUACUGUAGUAUAUGUGGUAUAAUUGCAUAAAUUUGCGAUUAAAGUUGUAUAUGCUGACGCAUAAUUUGAAAAUAUGCCCCCUUAACUUUUAAUGAAAUAUUACUCAAAACCACGAGAGGCUUAUUUCAUGCAGUAGAUGAGCCUAACGGUAUGCAUUAAUAUUUUUAUAAAAAUAAUCUCAUGUAUGUUUGCGAGUGAACCAUUAGGAACUUUUGUUCAAAUUUCUGUUAAACACCCAUUUUCCAUACAAGCAGAACGCGAACUUCAUGUGAAAUAUGUAGCUGGUCUACAUGACCACAUAUCAAGGGCAACAAAUGUUGAACUUUAUGAAGAAAAAACUUGAGUAACAGCUGUGUAAUAAGUGAUUUAAAAACGGGAAUAUUUCAAAAGAGCGCAUGCAUAGUUCUACCACAGAGACACUUUGUGUGUAUGUCAUUUAGACAAAAGAGUGAUUUAAACAAGUAUGUUUAUUCACACAGGAGAGAAACCUCAUGUAUGUGAAGUAUGUAAUAAACCAUUUAGACAUAAGUGUUUUUUAAAUAGACAUAUGCUUAUUCACACAGGAGAAAAACCUUAUGUGUGUGAAGUAUGUGAAAUGUCAUUUAAUCAACAGGGUGCAUUAUACAGGCAUAUGUUUACUCACACAGAUGAGAAAUCUUAUGUGUGUGAAGUAUGUAAUAAGCCAUUUAGACAUAAGUGUUUUUUAGACAGACACAUGCUUAUUCACUCAGGAGAAAAACCUCAUGUGUGUGAAGUAUGUGAAACAGCAUUUAGGCAAAAGGGUGCAUUAUACAAGCACAUGCUUAUUCACUCGGGAGAGAAACCUCACAUGUGUCAAGUAUGUAGUAAAUCAUUUAGACAAAAGUGUGCAUUAUACAGGCAUGUGCUUAUUCACACAGCAGAGAAACCUCACCUGUGCCAUAUAUGUAACAAGUCCUUUAGAUUAAAGGGUAAUUUAAACAAGCAUAUGCUUGUUCACACAGGAGAAAAACCCUAUAGGUGUGAGAUAUGUAAUCAGCCAUUUAGAGAACAGAGGAGUUUAAGUGUGCAUGUGCUUAUUCACACGGCAGAGAAACCUCAUGUAUGUGAGGUAUGUAACCGUUCAUUUAGUCAAAAGACAAAUUUAAAAAGGCAUAUGCAUAUUCACACAGCAGAGAAAGCUCAUUUGUGUGAAAUAUGUAACAAGUCGUUUAGGCAAAAGCAGCAUUUAAAGAAUCAUAUGCAUACUCACAUAAGAAAAGAACCUCAUGGGUGUAAUAUGUAAGAAAUUAGACAAAAAUGUUGUUUAAACAAGCAUAUGCAUAUUCACACAGAAAAUAAUCAUCAUUGGUUUUACAUGGCAACAAAUCAUUUGGGUGGAAAAAUAAUGUGAAUAAACCUAUGUUUAGAUAAGCUUCAUGUAGUGAGGAAAAAUUACAUUAGUAAGAAUCUUUCAGUUUUGAGAGCCGUAAAAAAUCCCAAACUAUUGUUAAUGACAGUGCUGCCAAAAAUAAUUGUAGCAACCCUAACGCAAGAAAGGAAGUAUAAUAGUAAAUAACUAUCUAAGAUUGAUGUUUUAAUUUAGAUAAAAAGUUAAUUUCAUAUAGUACGUUUUUAUUAUUAUAAUUUAUAUAAAAAUGGCUAAACAUGACUGAAUGGAAGCAUAAGAGUAAAUAACUAUUCCACAUCAUUUUUAUAAUUUAUAUAAAAAUUGCUAAACAUAACUGAGUGGAUGCCUGCAUUGCUAUUUCACUACCGAGUUACCUCUAAAGCAUAAUUUCAUCUUGUUGGUUGUUCAAACAUAAUUUUCUAUAUUGAAUGAUGCAUUUUUUAUGGAAAAAUCCCCGAAAAAUUCUUGGUAAAGUGCAAAAUCACCCAAUUAUUUGUUUGCCGCUUUUUAUAAGGGUAAAUUUUCUUUUACUGUUUAAGUGAAAAUAGGUCGUUGUGUACAUAGAUAGAGUCGAGGAUGUGCGCAGAGCCCUUUUUGAGUAAUUCUGGGAUUUUUUUUUAAGUGAAAAUAGGUUGAUGUGUACAUGGAUACUGUGUAAGUGCAAUUCUUAAAAACACGUCAAGCAGUGGGUGAUUCUGCUCUUUACCCAAAAUUCUAUUGCAGACUUUUCAGUUAAUCUUUGGAUUAUGGUAACUUAGCAUUUUUUUGGCGAAAAUUUGGCGACCAACCCUGCUACAGCAACCUGCUAGUUUUGUUUUGGACGCCACUUUGUUUACACAAAGUAGAGGCAAGUUUUUUUUUUUUUUUUACUCAAAAUUUUUUCCAACAAUCUGCUAGCCAAAUUACGCUUAUACUAGAACUUUUAUGGAACAAAAAUGCUUAAUCUUGAGGAAGAUUAGGUGCA